UCAGCCCGUCCAGUAGACCAGGAUCCCGGCAGCGAGCGAGCCCUGCAUGGCCCAACAUGCUUCAAGGUACCUCGCCUUCUUCACCAGAUCCUUCCCGUCCUUGGCGCCCUUUUCCUUCCUGAGGUUCCGCCGUAAGACCGAGCUCCUGGCCUACCUCGUCCUGUGCGUCUCCAAGAUGCCCUUCAUCCCGCCCGUGUCGCUGCCGCGCUCCGUGUCGGGUCUGACCGGGAAGGAUAAGGACAAGACCAAGGCGUCCAAGGAAGACAAGGGCACCUCGGUGAAAGAGCGCCUGGCGUUGAACCUCAAGCAGCUGGGCAAAAAGAGCCUGCCCAGGAAUCACCCGCCCACCGCCAGGGGACCCCCGGGGGCGGAAAAGAGAAAGGGGCUCCCGUCCGAGAGCGUCCUGGCUUGCACCCCGGGGGUGUCCGUGGCCAAGACCCACCAGCGGAAACAGGCCAACUCAAUAAGAAGUGAGCCGGAUUUUAAAAGCAGAACCAAAACUCAUCCGGACGAGACUCGCUUCACGCUGACGCUCACACCGGAGGCCGUGUUGUUGCUUCAGAGGCGCUCGGCCGCCGCCAACAACGCCGGAGUCCCCGCCAACGCCCCGGACCCCAGACGCAGGAGGGACCCGCUCUCCUCCAAGAGGCACCCGGCCUCCGUGCCUCAGCGCCACAGCGCCCCCGCGGGCCGCAGGACUCAGUGCGACGCCAGCGGCGUGGUGAAGGUCUCGCUGCUCAACGAGCGGCACAAGUACGACGACGUGGAGUACGAGGACGAGCACGACGGCGGCGUGGAUCAGCGGGUGGUGCUUAAGUGCACCGAGUGGCUGCGGGGCCUGGAGAACACGCCGGUCUCGGUCACGCUCAAAAAGAGCGAAAGCAGCGUGAAAAGCUUUUAGACAUUUUUACGCUGAAUAUCAACUUGCUUUUACACAAUCUGGCAAAAAAAAAUGUUUUCUUUUUAAUUCGACGUGACAAGGGUGUAGUAGGCAUGCCAG